UGAAUGCGCAAAGCCUAUGCUCAGUAGCCAGGUAGUUUUCGUUGUAGCCGCCCGCCGUGUUUUCGGUGCCCGAUUGUAGAUGUGGAAAACAAACAGACAAGAGCGUCCCAUGAAUUUUUAACGAUUUUACCAAAAAAUCAAUAUGUCUAAGCGACAUGUGGAAGAGAGCUCGAGCGGGGGCCAGCCCCCGAUCAAGAAGAUCCACUUUGAACCACAUCUCAUCGGUCCUGUGUCCACCCUUGAGGAGAUGGACAUUAAAGUGCUGCAGUUCCAGAACAAGAAGCUUGCUCAGAGAAUUGAACAGAGACACAGGACUGAACAGGAACUUCGACAGAGAAUUGAACAACUGGAGAAGAGGCAAACUCAAGAUGAUGCCAUGCUUAAUGUUGUCAAUAGGUAUUGGAACCAGCUGAAUGAAGAUAUACGUAUCCUGUUACAAAGGUUUGAUGCUGAGACGGCUGAUGAAUCAGAAAACAGAAAUGAAAACGAGGCAACAACGUCGUUUUUAAUGCAAUUAUCAACUUGGGAUAAGGAUGAGUUGAAUGAUAAAUUGGCCAAUCGAGUACAAGUAUCAAGAAGAGCUGUUGCCAAAGUUAUACAAGCAUUUGAUAGGUUGAUGCAAAGGAAUGAAAAGAUUACAUUAGCGUUGAAAGGAGAAGUAGAAGGACAGGAUGCACCUUCAGUGGAUGAAGUCAUUCGUCAGACCAACGUCCAGUUACAGUCAGAGAACAGGAACUUGCAGGCGUUGCACACGUCGCUGCAUGAAAAAUAUCAUACCAACAGUCUGAAAGUGGCCGAGCUGCAGGACUCGGUCACCGCCAAAGAAACAGAGACUGCCGAAUUAAAGAACCAAAUCGACGAUCUACAGUACGAGCUGGAUAAAGUCAGAAAUCGUAAUGACAAGUUGGAAACUCACUUAGCUGAAGCCGUGGAGAAACUCAAGGCGUACCAUCAGUUGCACGGCGAUCCGGACAGCAAGGGAUCGAAGGAGGCCAAGCCGGCGCCCCAAACCAGCGUCUCCCAGGCUAAAUUGGAAGAUUUAAUGAAGGAGGUGGAAGAAUAUAAGGAACUGGCCAACAAUCGUCUACAAGAAUUGGAUAAACUACAUCAGACCCACAGGGAAACGCUGAAGGAAGUGGAGAAACUGAAGAUGGACAUUAGGCAACUUCCGGAGAGUGUCAUCGUCGAAACCACAGAAUAUAAAUGCCUCCAAUCCCAAUUCUCAGUACUGUACAAUGAAUCCAUGCAACUGAAAACACAAUUGGAUGAAACAAGGCAACAGUUACAGACCAGUAAGAACGCUCACCUCAGGAACAUCGAAAUGAUGGAGAGCGAGGAGUUGAUAGCGCAAAAGAAGCUUCGACAGGAGGUAAUGCAACUGGAAGACUUCCUGGCACAACUCAGGAAGGAAUAUGAAAUGUUGAGGAUCGAAUUCGAACAAAAUUUGGCAGCAAAUGAACAGACUGGUCCCAUUAAUAGAGAGAUGAGGCAUCUGAUUACGUCAUUGCAGAACAACACACAACAAUUGAAGGGCGAGGUGCAUCGGUACAAGAGGAAAUAUAAAGAAGCCAAUGCGGAAAUUCCAAAGCUGAGAAAGGAGAUCGAAGAUUUGAAUAAUAAAUUGGCGCAGAUGCAGGAUACUAAUCAGGAUUCCAAGGAGAACAUCAAACAGGAAAUCAUCAAAGAGGAAGACUCGUCCACCAAUGAAUCUGGUACCCAAAUCAAAGAAGAACCGUCGACGACUCCCACAGUGAAGAAAGAGGAAGAGGAUACUGAACAGUCUGAAGAUCCCGACGGUGACAAAGAUAAGCCAGGUGGCAGUGGUGGAUCUCCAGGUGUCAAAAAAGAAGGCAUAAAACAAGAGAAAAAGGAGAUCAAAAAGGAUCCGGCGGUUAAAACUGAAAAAGAUCAUCGGGAUGCUCAGCGAGCGAAAGAGGCCAAAAUCGCCGAGAGCGACAUGGUAAGAGAUCUCAAGAAUCAACUGAAGAAGGCUCUCAAUGAGCAGAAAGAAAUGAAAUUGCUUCUGGAUAUGUACAAAGGCGUGAGCAAAGAGCAGCGUGACAAGGUGCAAUUAAUGGCCGCAGAAAAGAAGCUAAGGACUGACUUGGAGGAGCUGAAACAAGCCCUCAAGAAGAUGCAAGAUGUAAAGCGGGAUGAUAAGAGGAAGUUGGCGGAUGAUGAGGCCUUGAAAAAGAUCAAGCAGUUGGAAGAACAAAAAUAUGAAUUGCAGAAACAGGUGGCCUCGCAGAAGCCUUCAGAUGGUAACUGGGGAGGACACAAUGUGCUGCAUCAGAUGAGGCCGUUUGUAGGCUCGCACGAGGAAGAAGCUUUGUUAAAUGAAAUGGAAGUUACUGGGCAAGCUUUUGAAGAUAUGCAAGAGCAAAACUCCCGGUUAAUACAACAGUUACGAGAGAAGGACGAUGCCAACUUCAAGCUUAUGUCAGAGCGUAUUAAAUCCAACCAACUGCAUAAACUGGCACGGGAAGAGAAAGAUGUUCUUAAGGAACAAGUCAGUACGCUAUCAACUCAAGUGGAAUCUGCUAACUUAGUUGUGCGGAAGCUGGAGGAAAAAGAACGCAUACUCCAAAACACAUUGGCGACUGUGGAGAAAGAGCUUUCUUUGAGACAGCAAGCAAUGGAGAUGCAUAAACGAAAGGCUAUUGAGUCCGCUCAAAGUGCUGCUGAUCUCAAACUGCAUUUAGAAAAGUACCAUUCCCAAAUGAAAGAGGCCCAACAAGUGGUGGCGGAGAAAACAAGUUCAUUGGAAGCUGAAGCUUACAAGACUAAACGACUGCAAGAAGAAAUAGCCCAAUUAAAACGUAAAGCAGAGAGAAUGAAGAAAAUGGAAUUGGCAGGUACGACGUUGGAUGAGGUAAUGAUGGAAGAAAUCCGGGAGUAUAAAGAAACUCUCACGUGUCCUUCGUGCAAAGUUAAAAGGAAAGACGCCGUUUUGUCAAAAUGUUUCCAUGUGUUCUGUUAUGACUGUCUUAAAACUAGGUACGAAACGAGGCAAAGAAAGUGUCCUAAAUGUAACUGCGCCUUCGGUGCUAAUGACUACCAUCGUUUGUAUUUGUCAAAUUAAUUUAAUUUAUUUUUGGAGUAUGGUAAGUUUUGAUAUGGUUAUUUUAUUUUUGUAUGUUAUGUAUUCUUUUUUAAUAAAAAAAGAUUUAGAUGUUUUACAUAACUUCAAUCUUUAUUUAAAUCUAAUUAUUAAA